AUGGUUCAUGGAGAUAGAAGCAGCAAUCGUCUCAUUAUCAUGAAAUUCCUCAUUGUUCUCGUCUUGGUCGCCAGCUGCAGUGCUUCAUUCUUUGGCGGAGGUAGCAGCGGCUGCGGAUGCCCACCUCCUCCUCCACCAUGUGGAUGCGCCCCACCUCCACCACCACCAGCACCAUGCGGUGGCGGAUGCGGCGGUGGUGCACCACCUCCAGUCUACGCUGCCCCACCACCACAGAACUCUUACGCUCUCGGUGGAAAGUAA